AAAUGAUUCUCUCGCAUUACAAAAUUCUGUAGAAAGCAAAGACAUAAACAACUGGAUUGUUUAAUCUCACGAUUAUUUUCGUUUUUCGGCCACCUGUAAUAGAUAAAAAAUGUUAUGACAUGACCCAAAAUAUGGCCCGUUGAAAACAAGGCGUGAACGUGAACAAGGCGUGGUUUCACAGGUAAUAUGGAGAAGACGCCAAUUUCAUGUGACAUAAACUGCAAUCCGCAUUUCCACCAUUUACCUAGGAUUUCCAGUCCAUUGUGGAUAUAGAUCUGGACUGCUAGUAACACCAUGACAGCUAUCAGUUUUCAAAUCUAGGGAGGAAGAUGGCGAAUAUGUGUACCUGUCUCCAUACCUGAUGGACGUUAAAAUCUUUCGUAUUGACAUCUUUGGCAUUUGACAGUGACAACAAAAACCUAACCUAUUUUGAAUUUGAAAUUUUGAAAUUCAGUCAUUCAGUAGAUGUGUAGUGUAGUAUAUUAAUAAUCUGUGAAAUGUAAUUUCCUUCAAUUUAAAUUCCGAAAUUCAACAGGAUUCUGUUACUAUUGUUACAGAGGAAAAUAAGAUCAGAUAAAGAGAUAUUACAAAAUGGAAGGUGAAAUGUUGAAAACUCGUGAUAUUGCACCAGGGGAUCUACUGUUCAAAGAAAAACCCUUUGUGUAUGUACUGUCUUCUCGGUUUAGGACUGAAAGAUGCGACAACUGUUUGAAAAAGAAUGACCUGUUAAAAUGUUCAGGCUGCCACUACACAUUUUACUGCAAUAAAUUAUGCCAAAAAGAUGGAUGGGCAAUACAUAAGCUGGAAUGCAAAUAUUUGAAAAGUAUAGGUCCUAGAAUUCUGCCUGAUGCGGCUAGAAUGCUCGCUAGGAUUUUAAAAAUCUUGGAGAAAGGUGGUGGCACUAGAAAAACCUACUAUGACCAAGAUCAUUGCAGAACUUUUAAGGACUUGAUGUCUCAUUAUGAUAGAAUAAAAGAAGACCAACUCAGGGUUGAACAUGUAACAUGCUUAUAUGGUGUGUUGUUUGAAUAUUUUAAUGGAGAAAAUGUUCCAUCUUCUGCAGAACUUAUGGAAAUAUAUGGAAAAAUGUGUAUAAACUCUUUCAAUAUCUGCUCGCAGGAACUGCAAAGUGUUGGUACUGGAAUAUAUUUAGGAGCCUCUAUAUUAGAUCAUUCUUGCAAGCCAAAUGUAGUGGCAACAUUUGAAGGUACUGAGAUCGUUUUGAGAGCACUUGAGAAAAUUCUGUUUUGGAUUGGUCUAAGAUGUUCAUAAGUUACAUAGAUGUGAUGGCUCUCAAGAAGGAAAGACAGUCAGAACUGGAGUCUGCAUACUAUUUUCUCUGCCAAUGUCCCAGUUGUGUGGAACCAGAGCCUAUAGUCGAAAUGAUGGGCAUGGCAUGUCCAAAUAAACAAUGUAAAAACUGUAUUGAUUCUACCUGCAUCAAACCUGGUCAGAAAUGUUCCAAAUGCAAAACAGAGAUCAAGGAAGAAUUUAUCAGGGAAUUCAAUGAUAUCAUGGACAUGACUAAGAUGCAUUUGGAUAAUAUGAAGGGAUCGACAUCAUGUAUCCUUUUGUCAAAUGUAGUACUCAAAAUCAUUAAAAAAUAUUUCCUUAGCAGCAACC